UUCAAGAGAGUUUUAGUUUCAAAAUGGUUUAAGCCCUUAAUUUUCCUAUCUCCCAAAUAUCUAGCUUCAAUAUCAGAUCAAACAAUAUUAGCUACAUAUAAGCUUGAUCUUGAAUUAUUGGGAGUCUUACAAAAUUUCUUUUCAAAAAUUUUAAUCUCCUCGUUCUAUAUAAUUUUAAUUUCUUUUGACUAGGAAAUUGGCUUCAUAGAUGAACUCCUCAAACGAUCAAGAUGUUGUCCAACAAGAACAAGAUCACCAUCAGCAAGAACAAGAGCACUACAUGGGAGGUGUUGGCAGAUUUUAUGAGUGUGUGUUUUGCAAACAAGGUUUCAACACAGCUCAAGCUUUAGGUGGUCAUAUGAAUAUUCAUCGAAAAGACAAAGCCAGCAAGAAAAAACCGAGUCCUACUCACACUUUGCUCAGCUCCAGUAAUAAGCCUGAUAUCCAGAACAGCUUAUCAGGUUCUAAUCUUAGAUGUUACAAUAAUGUGGCAGAGGCACAAUCAAGUUAUGCUCCAUAUUUUCCGUCAUCUGCAUCUACCUCUACAAAUGGAGAGUUCUGCUUGAAUCACAAUAGAAGCAGCACUCGUAUUGAUCAUCACAAUAGGCAAUGCUUGAAUUUAAUUGGAGAGGAUUGGGGCAUGAACUUAAGCUUGCAAUUUGGUGAAGCUGCACAUGUAAUAGAAACUAUGGAAAAGAAGAGUCAAGAAGAUGAUUUGGAUUUGGAGCUUCGACUGGGCCAUUAUCCUCGGUAAAUGACAAUUCAUUGAAAUUUUAUCUCUAUGAGAUCGUCAUGUAUCAUGCCUAAUUAGUAUGUAGAUUUACAAAGGACUAAUUGUACAGCUGAGCUGAGUGUCUUAGUAACUUCAUGAGCAAAAGCAUUAGUGUCAUUUUCAUAUCUUUAUGGUGCUUUGUUGCAUUAUAACUCUAUACACACAUAAAGCUUAUUCAUGUAUACCGGUAAGUAAUUUUAUGUUAUAUAGUGUGUAUAUGU